AUGGGAGCCGGUGAGAGCAGCAUGGCACUUGAGAAGCACCUCUUCGAUCUGAAAUUCGCCGCGAAGCAGCUGGAAAAGAAUGCUCAAAGAUGUGAGAAGGAGGAGAAGGUGGAGAAGGAUAAGCUCACCGCAGCCAUCAAGAAAGGCAACAAAGAGGUCGCCCAAGUGCACGCUGAAAACGCGAUUCGCAAGAAGAACGAGGCGGUGAACUAUAUCAAAAUGGCCGCCCGUAUCGAUGCAGUGGCCGCCCGUGUCCAAACAGCAGCCACUCAAAAAGAGUUACAGCGAGUAUGA